CCAGCACCCUGAAACUGAAGCCGCUGAAUUCUUUAUUGUAUUAUUUAGGACUGUGACGUGUCAAAAUGUGCCUGACUUUCAGGAAAUUCAGACUUUCUGUUAACACCUUCUCCAGUUCACCUGACCUGACUUUUCCGGUCUGUACUUAGCAAACACAAACCCCGACCCUUCGUACUGAGCCAGCUUCUAUUUGAACACUGGAAAUCUCCCCCGACUCUUCAUUACAGUACACGAUCACCCGGAUGAAUUCAUCUGCAGUCCAGCUGUGUGUCCACAUUGACUAAACAAGCUAAUGAUUGAUUGAUGGCAUCGCUGUCAGCAGAUAUCAGACAUCAGUCACACAGUGCUCUCUUACUCUGUAUCUGCUGCUCUUCACUGUGAAACAUUUUUCAUGAUCUAGAGUUUUUUUGUCUUUUCUGCAUCGGGAAGAAAACUUUGGAGCACGAGAGGCAAAAGAAGAAAACUUCUUUUUGGUUGGUGUGGAAGCGGUUUGGUCAGGAUGAGAUCAGCUGUUCUUUUCUUGUUGUUUCUUCCCAUUGUUCACUCCAGUGAACACGAUGCGAGGCGAAGGAAGCACAAACCCAGCUCUUCAGAUGAAGUGGAGUUACCAAACCAACACUCUGUCUCUCUGGUCACCAACCCCACCCCCACAACCGCCCCCACAACUGCCCCCACGAACACCCCCACAACUGCCCCCACAACCCCUGAAGCACCUAAGGAAGACCAGUUUCUAGGUCCACCUGAGUGUCUGGAAAAAAAGUUUACUCGUGCAUCGUGUGGCCUGGUGUUUUGUCCUCCAUGGGAGCGUUGCAUCGAGGGACAUUGCUCCUGUAAACUACCCUACCAGUGUCCCACUGAGAACGUGACCCCCGUUUGUGGUCUGGACAAAAGGAACUAUCGCUCAUACUGCCAGGUGAUGGCUGUCUCUUGUCGGACCAAGAAACCAAUGAUGUCCCACUUUGGGGAUAAGUGCGGGCAAAAUUAUCCAAAGUUCAAAAGUACAAUAGACUCGGGCAGAGGCCUGGUGAAGGUCUUCGUUCCUGACGACAGCCCUGAAGGUGGGAAGGAUUUACUGGUGUGUUGGAAGUUUUGGAACAUGGCGUCUGCCAACGUGGUCUGCAAGGAACAUGGGAAUCCACUUGGUGCAGCAGCUGCUACAUCCAUACAAUAUAAUUCCCUGUCAGCCGACCGUAGCAGGGACCACCCAGGCAACUGUGUUAGCAUCCAGUGCCAGGGUUACGAGACGUCCCUUGCUGAGUGUUUAAUCUACGACAAAAUCAAGAUUGAGAACAGGAAGGUCGCUGGAGUAACCUGCUAUGACACGUCACAAGCAACAAAAGAGGAUUGUGGCUUCACAUGUGCAAACAGCAAGUGUGUGUCUCUGAACCAGACAUGUGAUGGAGUUGAUGACUGUGGUGACCGCAGUGACGAGAUGUGCUGCAAACGAUGCAGGGGGAAAGCUUUCCACUGCAGAACGGGCGUGUGUGUGCAUAAAGAUGCAGUCGGCGACAAACAGAUUGACUGCCUGGAUGGCAUGGACGAAUCACAGCAGCACGCAAGCCACAAGUCACAGUUGGCGCACCCACAACCCAAAAACACAGAGUAUGUCUCUCCUAAAGAAGAAACGAGGGCCACCCGAGAGUAUCUGGAGUCCAGGUUAUACUGUGGGGUUCCCAAUAUGACCACAGUGGACGAUGAGAACGUGGCCGAGCGAGGAAGGAGCAGCGGCCGAUUCAAGCGAGUGGUGGGAGGAGUCCCAGCAAAACCAACUCAGAUCCAGUGGCAGGUUGCUCUGGAGGAGAACAAGAAGAUUGACUGUGGGGGAGCAUAUAUCGGAGGAUGCUGGGUACUCACUGCUGCUCACUGUGUCAGGCCAAAACCUUCUGCGUUCAUGGUGAAGUUUUCUCUUUGGAAGAAGUUUAGAUCACAGACCACAACUGACAUUGUUCCUGUUGCAGAAAUUCACAUCCACCCCAGGUAUAACGCCAGCACCUAUGAGAACGACAUCGCUCUGGUGGAGCUGGAGAGCUUCCGUUCGAGGAAAAGUGUUUUGGGGAACCCAGCCAUUAGCGCCAUCUGUCCCUGGUCCACCCACCUUUUUAAACCAAACCACACCUGCGCAUCUCCGGAUGGGACGAACUCUCAGGUGUUGCUCUGGGCCAACGUAUCCCUCAUGAGGCUGUCAGAGUUCUAUGAAGAUCGCUUCAAACCAGGCAUGAUGUGUGCAGGUGAUCUGGAUGGUCUCGUGGACUCCUGUCAGGGGGACAGUGGUGGUCCUCUGGUUUUUGAGGAUGAAGUUGGUAUUUCAUACCUGUGGGGAAUUGUCAGCUGGGGAAAGAAGUGUGGUGAGCCAGGAUUCCCUGGGGUUAUCACAGCAACCUGGUACCCUGUACCCCUUCCGUAA